AUGGCUGAUUCCUUUUCGAAGAUAUCAUCCAUGAUAGAGUCAGCCAAGGAGCUAACAAUUGAGGCAGCAGUGUCUGCUUCAGCUCGAUUGACUGAUACACCAAGUGCGUUGAGACCACAGGAAAUUUCCAAGCUCUUAAAUUCACGAAUCGAUAGAGAAAUACUAAAUGGUAUGAAAUGUGUCAUAUCCUUGAUAUCACGAGGUGAAGAUGGAUUACCCUACUUUGCUGAUGUUGUUAAGAAUGUAACCAAUAGUAAUGUGAAGGUGAGGCAACUAGUUCUCAUCUACUUGACAAAAUAUGCUGAAGCGGAACCUGACACUGCGUUACUUGCUGUUAAUUCCAUCCAACGAUCUUUGAAUGAUAAGAAUCCUGUCAGUCGAGCUAAUUCCAUUAGAUCAUUGUCUGGAAUUAGAAUCAGCUCAAUUAUCCCUAUCCUUAUGGUGUGUAUAAAGAGAACGUCAAAGGACCAUUCACCAUUGGUAAGAUCAGCAACUGCAAUCUCGAUAGGUAAAGCGUAUAGCAUAUCUAGAGAUUCCAAGAAGCAACUAGUGGAACAUUUGACAGAUUUAUUGGCAGAUUCCGACGCUGUGGUUGUUUCAUCCGCGAUUAAGACAUAUUAUAAAAUUAGAGCAGACUUGGGUUCUGAAACCAAAAUAUGGGCUCCUAUCCAUGGCAAUUUCAGAAGAUUCUGCAAUUUGCUUUCUCAGUUUGAUGAAUGGUCACAGUCCCUUGUUAUUGACUUACUUACAGAGUAUAGUCGGAAGUUUCUCCCUAGACCAAAAUUAUACCUGAAGGAUGGUCAAAUCCUUGAUUUUCCCGAUGAUAUAAGCCAGAUUCCAUUCCAGGACUAUGAUGUAUCAUUUGAUGAGGAUUUACAACUAUUUUUAGAUUCCAUGAAGUCCUUAACCUUCUCAAGCUCCGAAAAUGUGAUUUUAAGUUUGGCAAAAUCAGUUUAUUUACUUGCUCCUCCUAUAACAUUCAAAGAUUUCCACCUUGAUAAAAUAUUAGUCAGAAUAGGUACAGCAUACGAUGACUCUCAGGUAUCGCUCUCGGCAUUGCAAACAAUUGCCUUGAUCAGUGAAAAGGACAAAAUGUUAAGUCCGUUCUACAAGAAAUUCUAUGUGAUGCCAUCAGAUCUGACCAAAGUAGCCAACAGCAAGUUGAAUAUAUUAUCAACAAUUGCCAUUGAAGAUAACUUCAAGUAUAUCCUUGAGGAAUUAAAGUAUUACGCUUUACAUUACCCAAAUAACGAGGUUAAGAAAGAAGCAAUCAGAGCCAUUGGAAAAUGCUCACAAAUUUCCCCUGCUUGGAGCACUACGAUAUUAAAAUGGUGUUUGGCAAGAAUUAAAGACGCCAAUGGAGAAACAUUGAAUGAAUUAUUGAAAGUGGUUCGUUAUUUGAUACAACAAAAGAGCGAGAGUAGGAAUAGUGAGGAUAAGGAGGCUGUGUUAAAAACUUCAUAUAGAAUGUCUUUAAUUUUGCAAGAUCCCUCUGUGGAUCUUGAGGAUGAUGCAAAAGCUAGCAUAAUUUGGACUAUUGGUGAAUAUUCAGACUUACAAAGUGGAUCAUUUGCUUCAGAUAUAUUGAGAAUCCUACUCAAGUCAUUUGUAAAUGAAUCGGAACCAGUAAGGUACCAAAUUCUUGUCCUUGCUUGCAAAAUCUUCUCCUAUGAGUUGAUAAAGCUCAAAAAUGAAUCUGGGGAUAAUAACCAAGAUUAUGUCAAUGAAAAAUUGUCUAAUAGUGUUGAAUACAAAAUGUUUCAACAUGCAUUACAAUUGGCCAAAUACGAUUCAUCCUAUGAUACCAGGGAUCGUGCUAGGAUGUUUAAUGUUUUACUAAACACUGGAACUAACCAAGCCCAAUUAGCUUGUCUAUUUUUGCAAGUUCCCAAACUGGUUCCAUUUAUAAACGCAAGUAGAAAUGAUGAUACUGACGAUGUUAUGUCUACUAAGUUACAUGAGUACUUUACCGCAACUGAAUGGACAUCUGAUACAGCACUUAUUCCUCCAGCAAGUAUAAGAGAAGAGGUUCCUGUUAAGAAUGUACAAAACCCGGCUUUCUUUUCUUCCUCCAAUGAUAACAGAAGAAAAUCACCAAGCCCUGUCCCUGUUAAUGCAAUAUCAUCUGACCAAUUUGUCCACGGAAAGACACAAACAACUUCUGCUCCAAAGACACCGUACCAAUUACAAAGUUUGGACGAAUUUUUUGGAAGUGAAGAAAGCUCAAGUGAAGAAAUUAUGGAAGAACUGGAAGAUUCUGACGAUUCUGAAGAAGAAGUCUCUGACGAAGAGUUGGAAAGUGAAGAAGAGGAAGAAGUAGAGAAAAAAUCAAAGGUUGUAAAGACUGUAGAAAAUUCAGAUGACGAAGAAAGCUCUGACGAAUCCAGUUCAGAUGCAGAUAGUACCAAGGGAUUCAUUUAA